AUGGCCGCCGGCCGCCGCGCUCCCCCGGAGCCCGGUGGGGGCCCGGUGCUCCUCCAAGGCAUCUUCGGCGCGGGGCCGGCCCCCGGUGCCGCCGCCUGCUCGCUGUCGCUGACGGCCCGGGAGCUGCAGGUGCGGCGCCCCGGCGGCUCCCCGGGCUGCUCGGCCGGUCCCGACGCCGCGCUCCGCCUGGCCGACUGCGUGGGCUCGGCCGCCUUCCCCGCGGCCGCGGCCGCCGCCUGCUUCUCGCUCGUGUGUUACCCGCUGCGGGGGCCGCGCUGGGGGCCGCCCGCCCGCCAGCGCCUGGAGCGGACCUUCCGCGUCUCCCGGGGGCCCGACGCCGAGGGCAACCUGCGCAUCGCCCAGGCCUGGAGCCGCCGCAUCCGAGAGCUCGCCGUGCCCGCCGUGCCCGCGCAGGACGGUGACAGCUAUGGGGUGCUGCCCCGGCCCUGCCGUGCUCUGGUGCUGCUGAACCCGCAGAGCGGCUCCGGCCGUGCCCUCGAUGACUUCCAGGCCGUGGUGCAGCCCAUGCUGGCCGAGGCUGAAAUUGCCACCACCAUCUUCAUCACCGAAAGACCCCACCACGCGCACGAGAAGGUGCGGGAUGAGGACCUGUCUCAGUGGGACACGCUGGUGGUCAUGUCUGGGGACGGGCUGCUGUACGAGGUGGUGAACGGGCUCAUGGAGCGUCCAGACUGGAAGGACACCAUGAAGAAGCCACUGUGCAUCCUGCCAGGAGGCUCUGGGAAUGCCCUGGCCGCCUCCAUCAACUACUAUGCAGGCUACGAUCACGUCGCCAAGAAGAAGCUGCUGACGAAUUGCACCUUCAUCCUGUGCAAGGGGCUGCACACACAGAUGGACCUGGUCUCGCUGAGCACGGCCUCGGGCAAGCGCUUCUUCUCCUUCCUCGGCUUCGGCUGGGGCUUCAUCUCGGACGUGGACAUCGACAGUGAGAAGUACCGCUGGCUGGGCAGCGCCCGCUUCACCCUGGGCACCCUGCAGUGCCUGGCCAAGCUGCGGGUGUACCAGGGCCGCCUGUCCUACCUGCCCGCUGGCCCCGAGCAGGGCACCUCCCCGGCCCCCAGGGACCCUUCCACGCCUGUCCCCAACGGCCAGGCCGGCCACGUCCUGCCGCCGGCGGGGACGGACGCGCCCGGUUCCCUGCCCAGCGACUCGCUGCUGGCGCCGCUGGGGCAGCCGGUGCCGGCGCACUGGACCGUGGUCCCCGAGGAGGAGUUCGUCCUGGUCUACGCCAUCUACCAGUCCCACCUGGGCACCAACCUGCUGAUGGCACCGGCGGCCCGGCUGCACGACGGCUGCAUCCACCUCUUCUACAUGAAGGCCGGCAUCAGCCGCGUGGCGCUGCUGAAGCUCUUCCUGGCCAUGUCCAGGGGGACCCACCUGGACUUGAACUGUCCCCACCUGUGCUACGUCCCCGUCCGGGCGUUCCGCCUGGAGCCGCGGGUGGCCGCGGGCAUCAUGACGGUGGACGGCGAGGCCCUGGCGUGCGAGCCCAUGCAGGGCCAGAUCCACGGCCGCCUCUGCCGCGUCGUCAGCGGCUCCUGAGCUCCGGGCUCGCCCUCCCUGCAGCGCUGAGCUGCCGGCACGGCCCAGCACGAGGGUGGCAGAGCCUUCCUCCCACUCAGGAACCUCCUCCUCCUCCUCCUCCCCCCGUAGCAAUAGGUCUUGGGGGCUGCGGGGCUCGUCCCCUCGCUUGCCCCCACGCUUAGCUUUACCCCCUCGGGGCCAGCCAUCAGCGCUGUCCCAAAAAUGAGCCACGAGCCCCAUCAGGUACUCGGUGCCGGCGAGACGCCAGCGUGUUUCAUCCUGGUACGAGGUCCCGGUCCAGGCGGCUGCGCCGGCACAGCCCCGUCCCCUCCCUGGCUCGGACGCACACGGUGGCAUUGCUCGUGUCCCCGCCCGCCGCGGAGCCAGUGCCACCCCCCCGGGAUGGUCAGGACCAAUAGAUCUAAUACAGGAAACCGACUUUUUUUUUAAAGAAUGUUUCUACCCAAAGCUUCCUGUUAGAAGCAGAGUUUAUU